GUCUACGACAAUCUCUCGGAUAGCUACCUAAUGUCUCAGUCUGCUGAUGCCACUUGCGACGGCCUGGUCUCGCCACGAGAAGGCUACCGGGUUAUGCGUCUGACUAAGAUUAAACAUUCUGACCUUGGGUGUCAGUUCCCAGAGUGGAUAACAUCUCACCGCUACUGGCACACUCUAGACUAUAGAAGGUCUUUCGUCUUCAGCCAGGAAACCAGCAGUUUCCACAUAAACCAGCUCAAUCCAGAUUAUCCAGACACAAGAAUAACGUGCGUCAAAGAAGUCCGUCAUUCUUUAAACACGACGGUUGUUGUGGCGUACAGCACCUCGGGAUG